GCUCAAGAUUACUGAUCUUAGCUCAAGAUGGCCGGCGAUGACAGAGACAAGGGAAAGGGAGUCGACAAGGUGCCGAUCAAUAUUUCGUCUCCGCUCUUCAUCAGUCCUUUUAAUAAUCCCUGGGUCACUAUUGUCCCGGCUCCACUUACCGGAGACAAUUAUUCGAGAUGGGCAAAGGCCAUGAACCGGGCCCUCCGGGCAAAGAACAAGAUCGGUUUCAUCGAUGGUUCCACAAAGAAACCGGAGUCAUCAACGAGCUUUGGUCCAUGGGAUAUGUGCAAUAAUCUGGUAGUCUCGUGGAUUUUUAAUUCGCUGGAUAAGACUCUUCAAAAGAGUCUUGCAUAUGUCGAUGACACGCAAGAGAUGUGGAAAGAGCUAAAGGAGCGACAUUCGCAAGGAAACGCUCAGCCGGUCUACUAAUUGAAGAAAGAAAUUAGUCGUCUCGAGCAAGGCACUGAAUCUGUGGUGAAAUACUACGCCACUUUGAAAGGCAAAUGGGAUGAGUUAGAGGAUUACGCAGAGGUCAUGGAUUGCACAUGUGAUGCGACAGCUCAGAUAGCCAGGGACAAGGAGGUUGAGAAACCGUACCAGUUUCUCAAGGGGCUGGCUGCAGAGCUCUAUGGCUCGGAGUGCUCAUAGAUCCUCAACGCCGACCCACUGCUAUUGUAUAUAAGGCGUUCUUGAUGAUCUAUCAGGAGAAGCAGAGAAAAUUUGGAACGUCGCGCAAAGAUGAUCAAAUUGAAGGGGCUAUUUGUGCUGCUGGACAUAUAGAAGGAAGAAGGGCAGGAGAGAAGCCUUUCUAUGACCAUUAUCAAAAGACAGAACAAUGGAGAAGCACAUGCUGGCAAUUACAUGGAUACCUGACUGAUUGGGAGCAGAAGAAGUCGGAGCAGAAGGGCAAACCAUUGAAAGGACGCGGUUCAGGGGAGUUGCUGGGGUGCAGCCAGGCUCGGGACGUGGUGCACAGCAAGCGCAUUCUGCCCAGCAGCAGCUCCAGAGCUCAGGUGGCUUCCAAUUGCGGAACCCAUCAUCUGCUCAUACGGUCGGGUCCGGUGGUUAUUCGUCGGAGGUUGCGGGAGUGGCUUUGAUGAACGGCUCGUUGGCCUUAGCUGGUAACAUCAGGGCUGGAGGCAUAACAAUCCCAGGUUUGUUAGAUGCCAAGUACCAAGAAUUGCUGAAUUUUAUCAGGAAAAUGAACGUCUCUCAGGACCUCACCUUGAAGAUGCUGGUUAGAGCGGGUGAGUUGUGGGGCAGGGUCUACUGCCUUCGGCUAGUGAAGACACGGCAUGUCUCUGUGGGAGCUAAACCAGAAGACUGGGAUGUGUGGCAUCGUCAUCUCGGUCACCCUUCGUCAAACGUUAUUAAAUGUUUGCCUCGAGUUACUGGGAAAGGUUCCCUUUCUGCUUAUUGCGAUGCAUGUUCUUGAGCUAAACAAACUCGAAGACCUUUUUUCCAUCAGUGAAAAUAA